AUGGAUUCCCCUUCGCCCCAGGGCCCCUCGGCCCAAAACUCACCCAAACCCGACCAGGCCAAACUCGCUCACAGGCCAGCCAAUCGUAAACAAUCUUCUGAUUCUUCCUCGAAUACCCAAAAUGCACCUAUACCAGACGACAAGCACGGUGCGGACUUACCAAUGACCAUGUCCGCCUCGGUGGUGCUAACCAGCUUACCCCGCGAUGCCCACCAAGCAUUGGCGGAUGCUGAGGCUCCAUAUACUUGUCCGAAAACUAACGGUGCAGCAGUUACCGUGCGCUUUCAGCCACUGCCUUCAGCUCCCAUCCUGAAGAACCGCGUGUUCAAGAUUAGUGCCUCGCAAAAGUUCGAAACAGUCGUGAAAUUUCUCAGGAAGAAGCUGGACUGUAAAGAAUCCGACUCGGUUUUCUGUUAUGUCAACAGUGUAUUUGCCCCUGGGUUAGACGAAGGUGUUGGUGGGUUGUGGAGGUGUUUCAAGACUGACGAGCAACUUAUCGUUGCUUACUCUAUGACGCCUGCUUUUGGCUGA